AUGAAUUAUGCAGAGCUUGACGCAUGGAACUAUGUAUUUUUCAUUUUUGAAACCACUUUAAAUGUUCUAUUUAUUCCUAUCGUAUGUUUUCUUUUCUACAUAUGCAUCACACAAAAGAACCUGCAUGUGAAUUUUAGGUCAACGCUGUUCGUAACUGGUGUUGGAUACUUAAUUUGUGCAAUACAUAGGCUAAUACUUGUCCCGACGAGAAUGUGCUGUAUAGCGCAGCGAAGUACACCUUUCGUGAAUCAGCUAGCGAUCGUCCAAACCAUUGGAAUUUAUAUUGCUUUGUUCGGCUGGUUAUUUGUUGCCGUGGAAAGAGCCACAGCAACUGUUUUUACCAAUAAAUAUGAGGCGAAUUGUACUGGCUGGUUCAUGCCGACUGUACUUUGCAGCACUGUGGUAUUUCUGACAGCGUUGGUCAUCUCCAUAGGCGCUUUCAAAAUGGUCAACAACUUUGAUAUGUACAUGAUGGGGAUAAAUACUUUUGUUAUUGCUCUCUGUUUUGUGGCGUUCAUCAUAAUAAUGCUAUUCAACAAAUCAGCUUAUCGCAAACGACACAAUACUAUGAUGCAACUGGGAAGUCGUUACCAAUUAGAUGAAAAUAUACGGGGAGCCUUCUAUGUUAUUCCAGUUGCCCUCAACGAUCUCUUGACAAAGGUUAUCUUUAUCUGUCUAAUGGCGUACUCGAUAUUCUUCACAGAUAUUCCACUUGGGCAAGACACCACUCAUUUGAGUCAUGCGUAUGACGUUUUGUCGGCCUAUCAGCGAAUAUUUUUCGGAUUAGCGCUGACACUUCGUAGUCAGAAACUGGAUCACAUCAUGAGGCGAGAAACGAAAACCAUGAAGGCAACCGCAAAUGAGGCACCAGCAGCAUCUAAUUACCAUAACGAACUUAGAGCAAUGUGGUCUUGA